AUGACAAGCCUUUCAACAAAACUCGCCGACCUCGAAAAGGCUGGAAAGCCAGUUCAGGUCGGCAUCAUUGGCGCUGGCAAGUUCGGGUCCAUGUACAUCUCUCAGUCCCACCGCACGCCUGGAGUUCACUUGGCUGCCAUUGCGGAUCUUUCUUCUGACCGAGCUCUUGCUUCUCUGAAGCGCACUGGCUAUCCCGAGGGCAAGUUUGACGCGACCGCUUCGCUGAGCAUUUCCGAAGCUAUUGCUGCAGGAAAAACAGCCAUUACGACAGACUCAGCAACACUGAUUGCCACCCCGGAAAUUGACGUCGUGCUAGAAGUCACCGGAAACCCUGCAGCAGGCAUCCGUCACGCUCUCCUCUGCUGUGAGCACAAGAAGCACAUCGUCAUGAUCAACGUUGAAGCCGAUGUUCUGGCUGGGCCUUUGCUGGCACGGAAGGCGAGGGAGGCUGGCAUCAUCUACUCAAUGGCAUACGGAGACCAGCCGGCACUCAUUGCUGAGAUGGUGGACUGGGCCAAGACGGCUGGCUUCGAAGUCGUGUGCGCAGGCAAGGGAACCAAGCAUUUGCCCGACUACCACUACUCCACGCCGGAUACUGUGUGGAACCAUUACGGAUUCACCAAAAAGCAGCUUGCCGGGGGCGACUUCAACCCGCAAAUGUUCAACAGUUUCCUUGAUGGGACUAAGAGUGCUUUGGAGAUGGCUGCCGUCGCCAACGGUUGUGACCUAAGCCCUCCUUCAGAUGGGCUGAGGUUCCCUCCCUGUGGCGUGUGGGACCUCCCUACGGUGCUGAAGCCCACCAGCGAAGGAGGCCAACUCGAGAAGAAUGGCACCGUGGAAGCUGUGUCUUGCAUGGAAAAGGACGGUCGAUGGGUGUUCAACGAUCUGAGAUGGGGUGUUUACGUGAUUAUCAAAGCACCUGGAGAAUACCAGAGGGAAUGCUUCAAGCAAUAUGGCCUGAAGACAGACCCUUCUGGCUGGUAUGCCGCUCAGUACAAGCCCUACCAUCUUAUUGGUCUGGAACUUGGCGUCUCAGUCGCGACAAUAAUGGUUCGCGGCGAACCAACCGGCCAGACUAAGACGUGGGCGGGAGAUGUUGUUGCCACAGCGAAGCGUGAUCUCAAGGCAGGCGAGAAAUUGGAUGGCGAAGGUGGCUUCACUGUGUACGGAAAGCUUACCACUGCCGAGAACUCUAUGGCCAUUGAGGGCUUGCCUAUUGGCUUGGCCCAUGGUUUUGUUCUCAAGCGCGAUGUGAAGAAGGACCAGGGACUGAGUUGGCAGGACGUCGAGUACAGCGAAAAGGCACAGGCUGUGGCCUUCAGGAAAGAGAUGGAGGCCGUCUUCAAGAAGGAGUUCUUGGCUGGCAAAGCCAACGGUGUGAAUGGAACACACUAG